AUGACGUUUGUGUUUCAACAGCUGAUUGAAAGAGGUCGCAGUUUACCAAGAAGCUCGCAACGUUAUUCUGAUAAAAAAAUAAACUACGGCGUUUGUUGUGACUUAUUUCCAGUUCUACACCGAGACAUUUCGGAAUGACUUAGCUUUGUUACAGCUCCAUCUCUUUAACCUUUCUGUGGUGCAAUACAUUCCAAUCAUGGAUAAGAUUUUGGAGGCUCUGGUCAGCUCCUCCCACCCCGUGACUGUCAAGCGGGCCAUAGUGAAAAAAGUGAUGGAGGCUGCGGAAAAGGAGGUGACAGACGAGCAGUGCCAGGCCUUGUACCAUCUCACCACCCGCCUUAUUCUCCUGGGCGAGGAUGCUUUUCAGCGACAGGUUGGCUUACAAGUGCAGGAGGCCUAUGCACGUUACCACCGCGAUGAGUUUGCCCGCUUCUUCAGCAAAGAGUAUGUGUUUGGACUCCUUCAGCAGGGCUACGGCUCUUUGGACCGAAGAGAUCCUGUCAUCUUGGACUUUCUUCACGGCUCCUUACGGUUGCUCAUCAGCUGCCCGGCUGUGUUAGAUCUUGCACCGCAGCUUCAAACAGAGGUCUUGCGCAUCAUAUGUGAGCGGCCAGAACCAGCAAUCUGUGCUAAGUUGGCUAUCAUACUGACGGACUUCCCUCAGUGUGUUCCACGAGAGAAGGCAGGAGUUCUCUUCUGUCAUCAGCUUGUGCGCACAUUCGCAUAUUUCCACUGUCCUGCCACUGAAGAGCGGGAGUUGCGGGAAUAUGUGACCCAGGUGUCCAGGGUGAGCGCACUUCUGCAGGGCAUCUGGAAGUCUGAGCCGACCAUGCUGCUGCCUUCACUGCAGGAAGUGUUUGCCAUCAUCUCCUCCACAGACCCUUCAUUUGAACCCUCAAUUGCUCUAGCAAGCCUGGUUCAGCACAUCCCUCUGCAAAUGAUCACAGUCCUCAUUAAAAGCCUCACCACUGACCAGAACGUCAAAGACGCCAGUAUGACACAAGCACUCUGCAGGAUGAUUGACUGGUUGUCUUGGCCUCUGGCCAAUCAUGUGGACACCUGGGUCAUUGCUUUAUUAAAGGGACUGGCUGCUGUUCAAAAGUUCACCAUCCUCAUAGAUGUCACACUACUCAAAAUUGAGCAGGUCUUUAAUCGUCUCUGGUAUCCCAUUGUGAGACAGGGAGCACUGGUGGUUCUUUCACACAUGCUGCUUAGUUUCCAGCACUCUCCUGAAGCCUUCCACUUAGUAGUUCCCCAUAUAGUCCCACUGGUGCAGUCCUUGAAAAAUGAUGGCCUUUCCAACAGCAAAACCUUUCUUCUGCAGUUCAAAGAACUCAUCCACUGCAUGAUGUACCAAUAUUCUGGCUUUCCAGAUCUCUAUGACAGCAUUCUUGAAUCCAUUAAAGACCUACCUACACCUAGUGUGGAAAAAAUCAAAUUUGUUCUCAACCAAAGUGCCUGGACCUCACAGUCAAACUCAAUUGCCUCAGGUCUGCUCAAGCUCACAGGCAAAUCAGAAACAGGGAAGACAGGACUUGUGAAUCUGGGCAACACAUGCUACAUGAACAGCAUCAUCCAGAUGUUAUUCAUGGCUACAGAUUUCAGACGACAUGUUCUGUCACUGCCUUUGAAUGGCAGCAACACUCUUAUGAAGAAGCUUCAGCUUUUGUUUGCCUUCUUAGGCCACACACAGAGAGCAGCAUAUUCACCAAGGAGUUUCUUGGAGGUUUCUCGACCACCCUGGUUUACUGCUGGAUCUCAGCAAGACUGCUCAGAGUACUUGCGAUUUCUGUUGGACAGGUUGCAUGAGGAAGAGAAGACCCUCUCAGCCCUUCAGGUGACCAGCCCAAAACCUGCACCUGCACCCCCUUCUGCUGAAAUUGUUCACAAUGCUGUAAGUCAGCAGGUUGCUGAUGCCCCAUCAUACUCAGAUCCUGUAAUAGCAGAGGAAGACGGUCGCACUCUAGUGGAGCGUAUGUUCGGUGGUAGACUCUCUACAGCCAUUCGUUGCCUGCAGUGCUGCAGCCUAUCAGAAAAAGAGGAACCAUUUACAGACCUCUCCCUUGCCUUCUGCCCCUCUAUGUCACAGCCACAGGGCCCCACUGAUGAACACAAAGGCUCCUCCACUGUGGGGCCCUGCCAAGGGGCAGUGAAUGGAGGCAGUGAAUGCUCUGAGGGCUCUUUAAAAGAAGGCGCAGGAACAAGGAUGGAAAGGCCAAUGGUGGAGCCCACCCUGACUGUGCCAGAUUUAGUGGACUAUUUUCUGGCUCCAGAAAUCCUGGAAAACGACAACUGCUACUUCUGUGAAUGCUGCGGCUCGCUGCAGAGGGCUGAGAAGGUCAUGCGAGUGGUGGAAGCACCUGAGUAUCUUAUUCUGACUCUGCUACGCUUCUCGUAUGACGCCACAUGCCACGUGCGUCGGAAGAUCCUGGACAAUGUAGGCAUCCCGCUGCACAUGUGCCUGCCUCUAUGCCAACAUGGUAGCCCUGCUUCAUCAUCUUCCUCAACUUCAGCUGCAUCCUCCUCACCGGACUCCCCUGAAAGUGGUGAGAAUCUAGCCAAGAAGCUCAAGCCUUCUCAGAAAGAGGAGGGGGUAACAGACAGCAGGACUAAAAUUGAGAAAAACUGCUGCGAUUCGGAGGUGCUGUCAGUGCCGUAUGUUUUGAGUUCCGUUGUGAUGCAUUCUGGUAUGUCCUCCGAGAGUGGUCACUACUACUCAUAUGGAAGGAAUGUGAGUAGUACUGAUGGUUUUGUAGCUCAGCCGUGUCCUAAGACUCUAGGAAACUCCAGCCUAUCUGAGGUCUCGACAGCCCCUCAGGAAGACAUGGGGUGUGCUGACCGCAAGUCAGUGGACUGGUUCUUGUUUAAUGACAGCCGAGUGACUUUUACAAACUUUCAGUCAUUGCAGAAUGUCACAAGUCACUUCCCUAAGGACACAGCCUAUGUCCUGAUCUAUAGGAAACAAGAAGUAAGUGGACAACCUAGCAAUGCAGGACCAGUCAUAAAUGGCUCAAGACUGAGUGGAGAGCCACCCUUGCAGAAAGAGCUGAUGGAUGCCAUAACCAAAGACAACAAACUCUUCUUACAGGAGCAGGAGCUUAAUGCUAGAACUCGGGCUCUCCAAGCGACCUCAGCUUCCUGCUCAUUUCGGCCCAAUGGUUCUGAUGACAAUGAGCCUCCUGGCAGCUGUGGACCCUCAGGUGGGGGUGGAGGUGGGGGCUUCAAUACCAUCAGCAGACUCGUCUUCUAAAAAAAGAGUCAUAGACAUACCCUCAGAGCACUGGACAGUCUCACUGACCACACUGGACAUUUCAUGUCUUAAUUGCCCACAAUUUGGAUAAGUGUGCCAUCUCAGAACAGAUUAGUCUUAAUUUUUCUGGUUUGCAUGCAUUUUUCUCUUUAUAUCUAAUUAUUUGUUGAUUUUACAUUAUGUGGAGCACUUUCAAUACUACUGGUCUGAAACAGUCAUGCAAUAAAUUUGUACAGUAAUGAUUUUGGUCUUAUUUUGGAAUCUUAAUGGUUCCAUUUCUACACAAAAAUUCAUUAUAGGAAAAUAAAAUAUUUUUGGAUCAAACUAUACAAAGAACUAUUUGCAUGAAUAUUUUUUUGGACGUUCUCCAGUUUUGGUUUGGGAAUUGUGAAUUACAGUUACAGCUAUUUUUUAAUAAAAUUUCAGGGAAAUAUUUUUUUUUUUUUUUUUUUUUACUUUUACAUUUUACAAUUUACAUUUUAGCUGAUUUUAUGUGCCUUUUAAUACUUAAGAUUAUACAGAAUUAUUUGACUGGAUAGAAGAAAAAAAUACUUUGAUCUUGUUGUACAGUUUUAAAAUGUAAUUAUGAUGUUUUGCCCUAUAGUAAAGACAUAUCAUUGAACAGUGUCUAAUUUUAUCAUCGAAGAUGAAUAUAUUGUUUUAAUUAGUCAUAGUCACUAUCACAAAACAUUUGUAAUGUUUGGCUUAAAUCAAACAUGUAAUUUCAGUAUAAAAAAAGCUCACUAAUAUAUUAAAAACCUAAGAUUCAUAUAAUAUCAUGAUGGCGCCGCGGACGGCCGCCUCGGUGUGGAGCGCUUCUAUUGUUUUGCUGUUUUUGUUUGUUUGUCCUGUGUUUAGUAAUCUUUUUUUCAGUCAGUUUUACCAGAGAAGAACUGCUGAACAUUCGACCGCAUACACCAGUAAAUCUUUUCCCGGAUUUUGAAUAUUCAGACGUUUUGUUUGACAUUUUAGUCAGAGGCGCGGCUGUGUUGUUUAAACGCGCUAUGAGAUGCAGGCGAGGGAGACGAGCAGGCGCGCUGGUCAAACUCCGUCGGCGGGGCUUUCGAACAAUGCUGCCGAGCAUUCAUCUUGCGAAUCUCCGCUCUCUUCCUAACAAAAUGGACGAACUACAUCUCCUCACCCGCACAAACAAGGACUUCUCAAACUCCGCUUCCUUGUGCUUCACAGAAAUCUGGCUGAGUGAAGCCAUUCCGGACAGCGCGUUACAUCUGCCGGGCUUUCAGCUGUUCAGAGCGGAUCGCAUCACGGAGUUAACGGGAAAACGAGAGGCGGUGGAACAUGCUUUUAUAUCAGUGAAAGUUGGUGUACAGAUGUAACAACGUUAAAGAUGUGCUGUCCUAAUUUGGAAGCACUCUUUAUUAACUAUAAGCCGUUCUACUCGCCACAGGAGUUUUCCUCGUUUAUUCUGGUGAGUGUGUGUAUAUCGCGCCAAACGCGUGUUUGAACACAGCGCUGCAACAGCAGGCUGAUCAGAUCACAGACACGGAACAACAAUACCUGGACUCAGUUAUUAUUAUUCUUGGGGAUUUUAACAAAGCAAAUCUCACACGUGAACUGCCCAAAUACAGACAACACAUUACAUGCCCAACCAGAGACAGAAAUAUACUGGAUCAUUGUUACACAACAAUAAAGGAUGCAUAUUGCUCUGUUCCUAGAGCAGCUUUGGGACUCUCUGAUCACUGUCUGGUUCAUCUUCCAACCUACAGACAGAAAUUAAAAUCUGCUAAACCUGUAUUAAGGACUGUAAAGAGAUGGACCAACGAAGCAGAGCUGGAACUACAAGCCUGCUUUGACUGCACUGAUUGGAGUGUUUUUGAGGCUGCAGACACCAAUCUGGACAAGCUCACAGAUACUGUUACAUCAUAUAUCAGUUUUUGUGAGGAUAUGUGCAUUCCAGAUAGGACUUAUUUAACAACGACAAACCAUGGUUUACAGCGGAACUCAGGCAGCUUCGUCAGGCCAAAGAGGAUACUUACAGAGUUGGGGAUAAAGUCUUGUACAAUCAGGCCAGGAACACACUGAAUAAGGGAAUCAGAGUGGCUGAAAGAAGAUACUCUGAGAAGCUGAAAAACAAGUUUCAGCUAAUGACCCUGCAUCAGUGUGGAGUGGCAUGAAACAACUUACGAAUUACAGGACUCCUGCCCUCAACCCUGUGGUGGACCAACAACUGGCUGACAACCUGAAUGUGUUCUACACAUUUGAAAGACCCAAUCUCACACCCCACACCCAUUCUGACCUUCACUUCACACAAACACCAACACCUCCUGCAACCCCCCUCCUCCCUCCUCCUGCUACUCAACCUGCACUUAAGAUCUGUGAAGAUGAUGUGAGCCACGUCUUUCGACAACAAAGGAUAAGGAAAGCACAGGCCCCAGAUGGCGUUUCACCUGCAUGUCUUAGAUCCUGUGCUAACUAUUUGGCCCCCAUCUUCACACAGAUCUUCAAUAGAUCACUGGAGCAGUGUGAAGUUCCAUGCUGCUUCAAACGAUCCACUAUCACCCCUAUCCCAAAGAAACCAAAAAUCACAGGACUUAAUGACUACAGACCUGUCGCCCUGAUGUCUGUUGUCAUGAAAUCAUUUGAGAGACUGGUGUUGGCCCACCUGAAGAACAUUACUGGACCCUUUCUAGAUCCCCUUCAGUUUGCUUAUUGAGCAAACAGGUCUGUGGAUGAUGCAGUCAACAUGGGAUUGCAUCAUAUCCUGCAACAUCUGGACAGACCAGGGACAUAUGCAAGGAUCCUUUUUGUGGACUUCAGUUCAGCUUUCAACACCAUCAUCCCAGCUAUUCUCCGGAAUAAAUUACACCAACUCUCUGUUCCCAUGUCUAUCUGUCAGUGGAUCACCAGCUUUCUGACGGACAGGUAGCAGCUUGUGAGACUGGGGA